GAUUCUUCCACCAAUCGUUAUUCGGAAUCGUAACACAUUGGUUCAUCUUAUUGCUGACGGGAAUCUCCUCGGCGAAAAUGCUUUCAACAUGCCUGUUCGUGACGUUUCUGUCCUUCUUCAUAACCUGCAUAAAUGCUGCCCAAAUCUUACCUCACUUAGCCUUAUAGGAAAUCCAGGAUGGCGCAACCUUAUCUGCGAUAGAUCUCAUCAUCUCUACAAACAAUACAGAAAAGCUGCGCUAGAAAUGCUACCUCAUCUGCGUUCAAUAGAUGCCAAGACAACCUACAGAGUUUUACUCUUUGUUCGUAUCUUCCAUGUUUUAUUGCAAUGGCGUCUUCUCAGAACUCAGGUAACAUCAGAAUUUGAGUAGAU